AUGAUCAGCUCGGUGUGUGUCUCCUCCUACCGCGGGCGCAAGUCGGGGAACAAGCCUCCGUCCAAAACAUGUCUGAAGGAGGAGAUGGCCAAGGGCGAGGCGUCGGAGAAGAUCAUCAUCAACGUGGGCGGCACGCGACAUGAGACCUACCGCAGCACCCUGCGCACUCUACCGGGCACCCGCCUUGCCUGGCUGGCGGAUCCCGACGGCGGGGGUCGGCAGGAGUCGGAUGGUGGCGGUGCAGGCAGCAGCGGCAGCAGCGGUGGCGGGGGCUGUGAGUUCUUCUUUGAUCGGCACCCGGGUGUUUUUGCCUAUGUGCUCAACUACUACCGUACCGGUAAGCUGCACUGCCCCGCCGACGUCUGUGGGCCUCUCUUCGAGGAAGAGCUCACCUUCUGGGGUAUUGAUGAAACUGAUGUGGAGCCUUGCUGCUGGAUGACCUAUAGGCAGCACCGCGAUGCUGAAGAGGCACUGGACAUCUUCGAGAGCCCGGACGGGGGCGGGGGUGGCGCAGGGCCCAGCGAUGAGGCUGGCGACGAUGAGCGGGAGUUGGCCUUGCAGCGUCUGGGCCCCCAUGAGGGAGGCGCGGGCUCUGGUGCUGGAUCCGGGGGCUGCCGUGGCUGGCAGCCCCGAAUGUGGGCGCUCUUCGAGGAUCCCUACUCAUCCCGGGCAGCCAGGGUGGUAGCCUUUGCCUCUCUCUUCUUCAUCCUGGUCUCCAUUACCACCUUCUGCCUGGAGACCCACGAGGCCUUCAACAUCGACCGCAACGUGACAGAGAUCCACCGGGUAGGGAACAUCACCAGCGUGCGCUUCCGGCGGGAGGUAGAAACAGAGCCCAUCCUCACUUACAUCGAGGGUGUGUGCGUGAUGUGGUUCACUCUAGAGUUCCUGGUUCGCAUUGUGUGCUGCCCGGACACACUGGACUUUGUCAAGAACCUGCUCAACAUCAUCGACUUUGUGGCCAUCUUGCCCUUCUACUUGGAGGUGGGACUGAGUGGCCUGUCAUCCAAGGCGGCUCGGGAUGUGCUGGGUUUCCUGCGCGUGGUGCGCUUUGUACGCAUCCUGCGCAUCUUCAAGCUCACGCGCCACUUUGUAGGGCUGCGUGUGCUGGGCCACACACUCCGAGCCAGCACCAAUGAGUUCCUGUUGCUUAUCAUCUUCCUGGCCCUGGGUGUGCUCAUCUUUGCCACCAUGAUCUAUUAUGCUGAACGAAUUGGGGCCAGGCCAUCUGACCCACGGGGCAACGACCACACCGACUUCAAGAACAUCCCCAUUGGCUUCUGGUGGGCCGUGGUCACCAUGACAACACUUGGCUAUGGGGACAUGUACCCGAAGACGUGGUCAGGAAUGCUGGUUGGGGCCCUGUGUGCACUGGCUGGUGUGCUGACCAUUGCUAUGCCUGUGCCUGUCAUCGUCAACAAUUUUGGUAUGUACUACUCCCUGGCUAUGGCCAAGCAGAAGCUGCCCAAGAAGCGAAAGAAGCACGUACCGCGGCCAGCCCAGCUUGAGUCACCCAUGUACUGCAAGUCUGAGGAAACUUCGCCCCGGGACAGCACCUACAGUGACAUCAGCCCCCCUGCCCGGGAAGAGGGUAUGGUUGAGAGGAAACGGGCAGACUCUAAGCAGAAUGGUGAUGCGAAUGCGGUGCUGUCUGAUGAGGAGGGAGCUGGCCUCACCCAGCCCCUGGCCUCGGCCCCCACCCCUGAAGAGCGUCGGGCCCUGCGACGCUCAGGCACACGAGACAGAAACAAGAAAGCAGCUGCCUGCUUCCUGCUCAGUGCUGGGGACUAUGCCUGUGCCGAUGGCAGUGUCCGAAAAGAAGGCAAUGUUGAACCGAAAGCGUGCGUCCCAGUGUCUCACACCUGUGCUCUUUAAACACAGAGACCUGCCAAGACGCCCUCUCGUCCAACUAUGCCCACGCUGAAGUCCUCACCCUCUCUUAAGGCGGCACCAACGUGAGAAAGACAGGCAGACAGACAGAAAGCCAGAGGCUUAGGGAAACUCUGGAACCCAGGCACGAAUCUUGCUGGGAAAGACUCAGAUAUCCUUGUUUGCUCAGAACUGGUGGAAAAACCUCUCAUGCGACUCUCGGGCCCCAGAGCCAUCUGGGUCUGAUGCUCUGUUCUACUGUACAUUGAAGAGACAUAUAUGCACAUAUAGUAUCUAUAUUCAUACGUACUAUAUACUCUUGUGUGUAGUGCACGUACUACUGGUGGUCUGUCUUCAUUGUUAGGCUAUGUCUCCCAAGUCUUCUUCCCACCCUGUGUCCCCUCCCCUCUUCCUUCAUGGAUUGCUCCUUCUGACCAUGUUGUAUGGAAUGUCCCAGGGAAAGUAGUGGGCCUGGCACCUGCCCCUCCAGCUGGGUGGUCCCAGGCUGCUCUCACUUGGGGGUGUUUCCCCUGCCAGCAGGUGGCCUGUUGAAGUCUGCUAAGGCAAGAUUGCCCUCCAGGGUCACUGCUUCACUAGCCCAACCCCACCCCAGAUUGGGGUUCUACCUCCCACCCCACACUGGGGGCACUUCCAGGGGCUCUUCUGUAGCCUCUGUAGCUCCUUCCAGGACCCCCUUCUGUGCCCUUGACAGAGGGGAGUUUCAUUUCUUUUGUGUGAGUCUCCUUUGUCCAUUUGUUUUCAAAGAUGCUGCUGGGCAGAUGGAAGGGGAUCUGUUUGCCCAUCUGGCUCAGGGGUCUGAGAAGGGGACACCUUGGGCGAGAGGAGACCAGUCGCAAUACUGUACUUCCUGGCCGGCGGCCAGAGGAUGCGUGCAAUAGCAGAGGCCAGGUGACCCCUUCAGCCUUGGCCUCUGCCCCUCCCUCGGCCCUUCCUGCCCACCCUUGGUAUUGGUCAGUCCUUUUCUAAAGCUGUUCCCUCGUGUGUGUCUGAGGCACGCUUAGGCCGGGCCCCUUGUGCCCUGUCUGCAUGCCCUCAACUGUCAUGCUGUGCCCGAGCACCAAUAAAGACAUCCAGGUGUCCUGC